AUGCCAUUCAGACUGAGGAAGAAGACCCGGAAACUCCUGGGCCACAUGAGCUACAGCCUCGGCCACGUCGCUAAGCACCGCGAGCACCCAGGAGGCCUCGGGAAUGCUGCAGGCGUGCACCUCCACAGGAUCAACUUUGACAAAUAUCAUCCAGGGUACUUCGGGAAAGUUGGUAUGAGGCAUUACCACUUGAUGAAGAAGCAGAGUUUCGGCCCAACUGUCAACCUGAAUAAAUUAUGGACGUUGGUCAGCGAGCAGACGCGGGUCAAAGCUGCAAAACACAAGACUGGGGCUGCUCCCGUCACUGACCUUGUUCGAUGA